GGGCACUGAAGUCUGUCGCUGCUGCCGCUGCAUGCGGCAUAUUAAUUUUUUUUGGCUCUGACACUUUCCGAUAUGGAUGGGGGUGGGGAAGAGGUGGAAAGAGAGGGGGAGCUGACGGCAUGUGGGGGAGGGGAGGUACAGCCGGAAGUACAGACCCUGGUGCGCGCGCGCUUUGGCGGAAUCACUUCCGGUAGACGUUGGUUAUGGACGGAAAGGUUUCCAUCUAACCCUUGGAGACGGACAGAAUGGAUACGGCUUGUUCGACGUGAAAACUUCAAGCCAAGCAAACACACCUUCCUUUGCUCGAAACAUUUUGAGCAAACAUGCUUUGACCGGACAGGACAAACUAGGCGCCUGCGAGAAGAUGCUGUCCCUACAAUAUUUGACUUCCCACCACACAUGCAAAAUAAAUUAGUAUCCAGGAAAACCCCUUUGACCUCUGCAGGUAUCAGUAAUCAACAGGACCCAUCCAAGUCUAGCAGUAGUACUGGCACGAGCACUCGGACAACUGGCACAAACACUAGGACUAUUAGUACUAGCACUCGGACUACUGGCACUAGCACCAGCACCAGUCCUUGCACCACCAGCAGUACGGAAGUUUUCCAAGAACAUAGCUAUUGUUUGGCUAAUCCUGUCGUGGCCAAGAGGAAGGUAUUCCAGUUGCAGGAUGAAGUGGACUACCUCCGCCAACAAAUAAGAAUCAGCAGGCAGAGAGAACGUCGAGUGGUCAAGAAAUGGAGAGGCAUCAGCAACCUGCUUGAAGACUUGAAAGAAAGAAACCUGUUGCCUAAGGGCAAAGGAGCAGAACUUGUUCAGUCUGUCUUGACUGAUGAAUCAUUUAAAGGCAGAUGAACUGACUGGACUUUCACAAGUGUAUGGGUACACUGACCAGACGAGGCAGUUCUGCUUCCUUUUACUGUCCAUUUCUUUUGACCCGAAAGCACAGGAGUGAAUAUUUUGAUCAAACCUUUCACCUACCAAACUCUGCAAUGCUUGGAUGCUUUGGUUUAUUGGUGGUUGUUUGCUUCAGCAGUCGAUAUAAAAACAUUUGAGUGAUGCACAUUGCAUUUGUUAGACUUGAAAUGUAGCCAAGUAGUGCAGCAGUUGUUACAGGGGACAUUGGUGUAUGAUUUAGUGACAACAGACAUCUGCUCACAAAGCAUGGCCAGAUUAGAUACUUUCCCUAUCAUGGCAUGCCAGGAAGUAUUGGCCAGUUAACUUGAACAGUGCCAUGACUCUGUUAUUCAGUGGGUCCUAACAAAUUACUAGCCGACUAUGUGCCUUGACACCAGCCUCAGAAGGGCAACCCUCUGCACCAGAAUAAUGUUUUUGUUUCCUAUGUCAAUAGAACUGUGUACUUGCACACACCACAACUUGGAUUGAGACUGCACCUGAGCCAUUUCAUGCAGGCUUUUUACAGCCAGCCAUAAGCAAGAGAAGAAGUGUUUACCCUACUAACUGAAUAGAAUAUCAUCGCUAAUAGGUAUAACCAGAAAUCAGACUCCUACGUCUUUGCAAAUGUUACAGGCAUCUAUACCUCCACCUGAAGGGCCCAAGCAGAUGCAGUCUUCAGAAUCGACUGUGGCGGAUUUUUUAAGAAUUAAAUCCAAAUUUCGUUAUCUGCUGUGGCAUGAUUUCAGCCUGCCCAACUCUCCACCCCCGAAUAUUUCCUGCGUCUCUGGAUUACAAGUACAGUGGUAAUACAAUGAAGCCGUUUCCUGUCUCCCUUAAAAGGGAGUUACUCAGAAACCCACAAAGUUCCAAGGACCUACAAGAGCUCAGCAAGCAGAGGAGCUAUGAUCAUUACAGUUUAUCACCUUUCCUAGAAACUCAAUCAUCUUCCUUUUAAGUCUAAGUGGCUGCUGUGUAAUUUAUUAUACCUGCUGUAAAUAUGAAGUGUAUUGCAGAAGUAAGUGCAGUUGUGCUCAGUAAAAGGCCAUGACACCCAUAAGAAUUUGAAAUAAUGAGGAAAUGUCCCAUCACUGUCAGCAAAACCACAACUGCACAUAGGGAUUUGGGGUGUGGGGGAAAGAAGGUAAUGUCUUUGAACAAUUUAAAAACACAUUUCAGAUUUGUUUAGUUGUCUGCUGUGUGUAUUGCAGUACCAGCAGAACAUAGGUUGCAUAAAUAAAUUAUUUUUAAGAUGUCCUAGCAGAAGAAUGAAUUAAUUUAGCCAAUCAGUAGGAGAGCCAUUCGGAUCUGCAAAGUCUGAGAUUCAAUCCGCAGUCAAUGCUGAAUAUUCCAAUUUUCAACUGAGCUGCAAAAAGGAAGACUAAAAUUGUCAAUGAUACUUUAGCAUGAAAGGAAAAUCAACCAGGUUUGCUGUUCUUGUUCUAGCAAUCAAUAUUGCAAGAGCACAUUUGUGAACACUGGGUGAUGAGACGUUUAAUUUUGACACCCUAUCCCCUGUUCCACUUAAUCUGAAUAACUUGGAUGGCCACCAUUCUGCACUUGAAAAGGUAUAAUAUUUCCUAGUUCAUCCUGCUGGUCAUUUUAAAAGAAGAGUGGGAACAGAUCAAUUGUCGUCAUAAACUGAGUGAAAGAUUGUAAAUAGCACAGGGAGCUUUGGGAAUCUAGCAAAAGGAAAAUAACCUCUUCUUGGGGAAAAUGAUAACAUUUAUCCAGUGCCCUGGCAAUUUGAGGUUCGUGGGUUCAGGGAUAUGGGAACCGGAAUGGAUCAUUCACCCCUUGAGCCUGUUCUGCUGUUCAGUUUGAUGCUAGUUCAUUAGCAUUCUUGACUCCAUCUAUUCAACUUACCAUACCCAACAAAAAGAGUCUAAAUUUUUAAAUUGUGAUUUGGUGAUACCUGCCUCAUCCCACUUGCUUCAGUAGGAGAGUUCCAAGUUCCUCUCUUCUUUCUGAGAGACUGUGCAGGAUCUCCACUGGCCAGCUUGACACAGUGUGUGCUUAACAAAAGCUGCUAAAAUUGGAAUAAGUGCGAGAGACCAUUUGAACCUGUUUAAAAAUAAAAGAAAAUAGUCUUUUGAUUCAGCAUAGAUCUCCCUGGAUUUGUAUGUCUGUCCAUCCUAGUCUCAUCCUUACUCAAAGCGGUUGGAUGGAAGCACAGGAUAUGUAGGAAGAACAAAAAGGAUUACAUUGAAAACUAUAAAAAGUUCUUCGUGCUGAUCAUUUCAAUCCAAAGGAUUUUCCAGAUCAUAGUAAACUUCACAAUGUGAUAAAGAUGUAUAUGUUCAUAAUGUAACUUUAUCUCACAACACUGAGGAAUCAAACAGGGAAUGAUACUGAGAUUGACAAUUUCAGUAGACAGGAUGAGAAAUAGUUGACAAGAAAGCAACAACCAAGCUGCAGAAAUGGAAAAGAAUGAAAGUUAAUGUUGAAAUACAAAUAAGAGAAAUAAGAGUACCUUAAGAAAAUGGAUAAUCAAAACUUUUUUUCACUGCUGAAGAAGACACUUUGUCAAAACCUUUCACCUUGCACUCAUCAGGACGUUUUGCAAGAAUAACAAUUGAAGGGGAACACCCACAAAAAUGUUUUAGAAGCUGGUGCAAUCGGGUUGAUACUGCUAAACUUGUAGGAUGAAAAUCAUACUGGAAGCAUCAGAAAAACAUGAUAAAUGGACUAAUAAUAGUCAGUAGUCCUAUCACAAGUUUUAUGUUGCAUUAACAAAAAUGUUAAUAAUCAAAUCCAAUUUCAAGAUGUUUUAUGGAAUUACUUUCUACCUUGGACAUUAUAUACUUUAUAAUUUACUGUUAUGUUGAUACACUGAGACUAUCCAUAUUACUUGAGACUCAACAUCAUCUUCAAGAAUUCAGUUUGCUUCAUAUGGUAUUGGAGUUCAUUGCCAGCCAACUUGCUCUAUAAGAUCUAUGAAAUGAUGCUUCACAUGUACAUAAGUGUAUCAGUUUAGAUGCUGACUGCCAUUUACACAGACAGUACAUGUGCAUCAGUGUAUAUUCAAAUCAGCUGUUCCAGAAUUUGAAACUUUGCUCCACUCAGUCCUGUUUAUUUCGCAUUCCUCCCCAAUGCUUCACAAUUGAUGGAUGACUUGGCUUGUACCCUCAGAAAAUCCCUUCCUAAACUCCCAAUUCUCCACUUAAAUCUCCUCAAAAAGAAGAAAUCUCUUUUCUAGGCUUUUGGUCAUCCCUUGCACGUCGUGACUCACCAUCUAUUCUCCAUAAAGUGAUGGAUUGCGAGUCGGUGAUAUGAUACCAACUGUAAGUGCUAUCCUACCACUUGUUGCUGCUAUACUGUACAUUGAAAGAAAGGCUAUAUUAAAAAAAACACUACAGUAAAUAAGUGUAAAUGCUCCAGAAGAGCAAAACUUAGUUUUUGGGGUUGCCUGUACCAGAAGCCUAUGAACAGCCUGCAAUGAAUUGUGGAGAUUGGUGAGAUCUUAUUUCUUCAUGGAAGCAGCUAAAAGUUCAAGAAAAACCUGCAGAUUACUUAAAAAGGAGAAAAAGGAAGUUAAAGAGUGUGCAAGUAUAUUCCCUUGGGUGUAAUUGUUUGCAGCUAUAAAUGCAUUUAGAUCUUGGCAUAGCAUUUAAUAUUAAUUUUAUUUUGUUUCUUCAUCGUUGAUGUUCCGAGAACUGUACUAUUGUGACAAAUUCAAUAAAAUGUACUUUUUUCAAAAAAAAA